AUGCAGGGCGGCAUGGCCAGGUUUUCAACAUCGGCUGGGACGAGCCAUCCCGAUGUACAGGGCACGCUCUCCAUGUUGGCCAUGAUGUAUAUGACUAGACAGCAGUAUCCGCAGGCGCAGGGCUACUUCGAUCGACUUCUCGCUUCGUAUGAUGAGUCAGGCACCGAGUUACCGGAGAAUGUACGCACGAUGGCGGAACUAUGUCGGAUGAAUACACGGUUCCUGGAACCGCAAAGAGGAUCAAGUCUCCAGGGAUUGUUGAAGUCGUUUCAAAGACAGAUAUAG